UCUCUCUCUCUCUCUCUCUCUCUCAGGCAUCUUUCUUCCGAACUUCUUAGCCAGUCAAGCCUUUCUUUUGAUGCUUUCCGUGGUGGUUUGCUGAUGUUCAUCGGGAAAAGCUUCGAAGAGGUUCAUUUUCGAAGAUGAAAUGUAUGGCUUCCUUGCUACAGUACACAAGGGUAUGAUUCCUAAUUACUUUCCUGUUUGAAUCCGGUUGGUUGAUGGGGGCUGUUCCAGCAAACAAUGAUGAUGUUCGGGGUAGAGGGUUGGUUGAACAAAAUAGCCAUAUAAGUUGUGAUCAAAAGCAAGUGACUAAUGGGGUAGUUGGUGAAGGCCAAGGUUUGCAAUCGUUAGAGGAAGAUGAGUUACGAAUUAAUGAGGUAACUCAAGAAGUAAGCAAUGGGCCCAGGGCUUUGAUUCAGGCUCACGAUGGGUCUCAGAUACUGCAACAACAGCCUCAAGGACCUAUUAUAUGUUGGGAGAGGUUUCUUCCUAUCAGAUCUUUGAAGGUUCUGUUAGUGGAAAAUGAUGAUUCUACACGCCAGGUUGUCAGUGCUCUGCUUCGAAACUGCAGCUAUGAAGUCAUUGCUGUUGCUAAUGGUAUCCAAGCAUGGAAAAUCUUAGAAGAUCCAACUAAUCAUAUAGAUCUCAUCCUAACUGAGGUUGUCAUGCCUGUUUUAUCUGGAAUUGGACUUUUAUGCAAGAUUAUGAGUCACAGAAGUCUAAAGAAUAUUCCCGUUAUUAUGAUGUCAUCCCAUGAUUCAAUGGGUAUAGUCUUCAAGUGUCUCUCAAAAGGUGCAGUUGAUUUUUUAGCGAAACCAAUUCGGAAAAAUGAACUUAAAAACCUCUGGCAGCAUGUUUGGAGGAGAUGCCACAGCUCUAGUGGCAGCGGGAGUGAAAGUGGGACACAAACAAGAAAAUCUGGAAAAUCAGAAAGUGAUGAUGGGUCUGAUAAUGAUACUGGCAGCUGUGAUGAGCAUGAUAAUGGAAGUAAUGGACUAAGUCGGGAUGGAAGUGACAAUGGAAGUGGAACUCAGGAAAACACCCAUAGCUAUUGCUAUCAAUAUUUCUUUGUAAAAGAAGACUCAAAACGUCAUCUAUCCUACUUUGGCACACUUGGACAGAGUUCGUGGACCAAAAGGGCGGCUGAAGUUGAAAGUCCCCAACCAAUAUCACCUCCAGAUCAAAUAACUGAUGGUCCAGAUAGCACCUGUGCCCAGGUGAUUCAUACGAAGCCUGAAAAAUUUAGCAACAGGUGGGUGCAUGUUACUGAAACAAAAGAGUGCCCCGAACAGGAUGAGCAACACGACAAUGUUGCAUUUGGUAAAAACUUGGAAACAGGAGUAUGUAAAGAUCCAGAUUCAAGACAUGAAUUUCAACAUGAGAUGUUAUCUAUCCAUCUAAGUAGUAGAAGCCAGAAUGUUUUGGCUAAUGUAGACAGCAAGCCAUUUGAUAGUGAUAAGUCAAAGCACAACAGUGAGAAUGCUAUCAGCAAGCCAGAAAACCCAUCUUCCAAUAUGGCUAAAGUUGUCAAUUCUACUUAUCUCGAGGCUGAAAGCAGAGACUUUGACACCUCGAAUGGCCUUUCUGAUAUAUCACAAACCAAAGCACAUUGUGAUUCGAGACAACUGCCGUCCCUUGUACUAACUUUGAAGAGGAUGAGAGAGGAUUUUGAAAAUGUUGCACAUGAUGACCGCAAUGUUCUUAGACAUUCAGAUCUGUCAGCAUUCUCAAAAUACAAUACUGCCUCUUCUGUUAAUAAGGCUCAUACAGGGAAUGUUGGGAGCUGUUCUCCACUUGAUGAUAAUUCAGCCGCGCAGAAUACGGGGACAACACACAAUUUUCAAUCUCAUUCAAGUGGCAAUCUGCCAAAUCAGCAUUCUAAUGGGAGUAGUAGCAACAAUGAUGUGGCUUCCACCGAUAAAUGUGUUAUUCCUAAGCUAGAAGUCUACGAUGAGAAGCCAGAGUCCAUAUCAGCAUUCAAAUCUUUUCAUUCCUCCACAUUCGAAUCUGUGCAGAAUACACCUGGGAAGGCAACUAAUGUGGAAGUUAACAAGGUUCAAGCCCAAACAAGGGGCUCAAAACAGCAGGUCCAGGUCCAGCACCACCACCACCACCACCACCAUUAUCAUCAUCAUGUCCACAACUUGCAGCAGCAUCAACUACAGCAAGACUGCAGUGAUGUCUCCCGGAAGAACAUGGCUGGAGCUUCUCAGCAAUGUGGAUCAUCAAAUGUGGUAGGAGGGCCUGUUGAAAGUAAUGCGGGAGACUAUAGUGUGAAUGGAAGUGCUUCUGGAAGUAACUAUGGCAGCAAUGGACAGAACGGAAGCUGCACUGCCUUGAAUGCUGGAGUAACAAACGUAGAAAGUGAAAAUGGGGCAGCUGGAAACGUUGGAGCUGGGGCAAUUAGUGGGAAAAAUAGUGGGAAUGGAUCAGAUGAAGAACGAGUGGCACACAGGGAGGCUGCACUAAACAAAUUUCGUCAGAAAAGGAAAGAGAGAUGCUUUGAAAAGAGGGUUCGAUACCAAAGCAGGAAAAAACUGGCAGAACAACGGCCCCGUAUCAGGGGACAAUUUGUUAAACAAACAAGUUCUGACAAUAAGGCAGGACAAGACUGUCAGAGCAAAGACCAUGUAUCUGGGGAUAUUUCUUCUGACAGUUUACAAUAACAGGAGCUGGAGUGCAGAUUUCUAACCCUUGUUUCUGACAAUCCUUCUAGGUUUGUGUACAUGGAACUAGCACUAGAUUGGAAUGUAAGGAAAUGAGUGUUAGAUUGGCUGUAGAAGGUUUUUUUGGGUAGUGGUAUUACUAUCUUUGUGAAAAUGAACAUUUGAUUGAGAACUUAAGAACGUGCUUGCAGCCUUUAUUUUGUGUGUGUAAUUUGAUGGAUUUCUGGGAAGGGUUACCCAUUUAUGUAGGUUAACCUAUCCACGAAAUAAAGCUGUUUUUAGAGUA